AUGCCGGGCGGUAUAUUUUUUGUGUCGUGGGAGUUAUGGCAGCAGAUGACCUUUGUUCUAGCGAUGGGAAUCGUGGCCGUCUUCUGUGCGGGUCUGGUGAGAUUAUGGUGGAACAACCGUUUGAUGAAGAAACAAGAGCUGCUGGACGAAGAGAAGAGGGCCCGGCUGGAGCAAAUGCGCAAGACAGGCCUCCCCAUCAAGCGAGCUAGCGAGAUCCCCUUCGGCAUUCGCGCCAUCCAGAGCGGCGUCGAAGUGGAAGGGAUAUGGAUCUCAAGGCCAACAACGCCUAGCGAGGCACUGGCGGCAAAGCUUGCUUCCGAUUCCGAUUCCAUGGAUGGUGUUCACUCCGUGCCGACGCCGGCAUCGAGAUUAGCACAGAGGUCCAAGAGACCGCUAUACCGAACCCCCGGUGUCCUGAACGAGGAUACACUCCGAAGACUAGAAGGCCAAGGGCAGUCGAAGAUACUCUACGACACCUAUAUGCCGACAUCCUCUCGCCGGGAUCCGCGGCAGCAUAGCGUGCGGAGCUCGGCUUCUUCCUCAGGAGAGUCGGUGGAUUCGCAGCCACGGUCAGCGAAGAGCAUUAGCGGCAAGAGCUAUACGUCGUCUCACAGCUCCAGGUUAUACAUGCCCAGAAACCCACAUGCAGGUAGAGCCGGAUACGACGCUGUGCCUCGACAAGGGCCGGAGAGAGAAGUUCGCAGUCCGUUUGAGACCCCAGCACGGACGCACAGCGGAUUCUCGCUAUUUUCUCAGAGCGACCGGCAUACCUCUCUCCUCCAGAGCCGCGACGUGUCUGCUCUGGAGCCCACCUUCGCCCCGGGAGACUUGCACCUCAACAAGGCCUCGCGGCGCGUCAAUGAUGGAUUUGAGAUUCUUCCCGCCGGGACCUUUGGGAUGCUUGCAGAGAUGAAUUACGCGGACGAAGCGGAUCAGGAGGGCCAUAACUCCAGGUCGUCUAACAAGCUGAGGAAGAAGGCUGGAACUUGA